UGGCUGAAUUUGGUGACCGCUAUGACAAUUGCAGGAAAGGGGUACAAGGCCCCUUCUCACAAGGAUUUGAGUGAGAGGUUGCUCACAAAUGCAGUUGCUAGGGCAAGAGAAGUGAUGGAGGAACAAAAAAUUGAAUGGGCAAAUUAUGGCUACACCAUUCUUUCUGAUGGGUGGACAGAUGGCAAGAACUGCACCAUCAUCAAUUUUUUGGUUGCUUGCAAGGACAAUGUAGUGUUCUUGAAAUCUGUUGAUGCCUCCAACAAGGUGAAAAAUGUGGAAACAUUUGCUAGAAUGUUGGAACGUGUUGUCAUGGAGGUGGGGGUAGAGAAUAUGGUGCAAAUCAUCAUAGAUAAUGCAGUAGCAUAUGUGUCAGCAAAAUUCACAUAUUUUAUGGAAUAGAGAGUAUUUCAACCCAAGCGUCCUUUUGAAUUAUCACCUUUAGGCAUUAGCAAUAUUUUCAUUUGUUGUGGCUUUGUUUAACUUGGUUGCAUCUUUCUUAAGAAUAACUUCUUCUUUUGCAGGAAGAAUCCUCCAAGAGAGGCACCCCACUAUUUUUUGGACACCUUGUGCAACACAUGUCCUUGACCUUCUUUUGGAGGACAUAAGAAAACUUGAGUGGGUGACUCUAGUUGUGGAAGAUGCAAGGAGGAUCACCAAAUAUAUUUACAAUCACCCUUGGGUCCUAAAUUUGAUGAGACGACACACCCAAGGGAAAGAUUUGGUGAGGGUUGGUGCCACAAGGUUUCCAACAAUUUUCUUGAUGUUGCAAAGCCUUCUUGUUGCAUUGACUUCUUUGAAACAAAUGUUUGUGAGUGGAGAAUGGCUUAACUCACCUUAUUCAAAGAAGCCUGAAGGAGAGGUUGUCGCAUGCAUAGUCUUCGACAACCAAUUUGCACAAAGGGCUACAGAGAU